AUGUAUGAGGAAAAAUUUAGCAAGGUGGUUGAUGUCAGAAAUCGCAUUGCUGAUCUUGAUCAAGGGGAAUUGGAAAUUGAGCCUAUUACCGAGCUUGACCUUCUCACCGCCGAUAAAGUAUAUUCUGUUCUUCAGAUUUGUCGUAAGUACAUUCAGCUAGAGGAUGAGGAGAAAGAAAUUCUGGUGUGCUAG